AUGAAAUUUAUAACCACUAAUUUUUUAAAGUGUCCGAUUAAAACGUGUGAUGUGAGCAAUGAUAACUAUCCAUUGCAAUAUAACGGUGAAAAAUGUGAGUUGCAACAAGAGAAUAUAGAAUAUAAACCAGAAUUUUUGAUUAAAAUAUUAGAUAGAUUGGAUUGGGAAGCAGUAUUAAGUGUUGCACAAGAUCUAGGUAACACAUCACUACCAUCAAACAAACCACAAAUUUUAGAUGAUGGAGUUGAAAAAGACGCUAUAUUAAGAGAUUUACAUACUUUAUUAUUACAAACUAAUAUUGUAGAAGGUGAAAUGAAAUGUAAGAAUUGUGGGCAUGUUUAUUAUAUUAAGAAUAGUAUACCUAAUUUAUUAUUACCACCACAUUUGGCAUGA